UUGUUAAUUGUUCAAUUUAUAUACAUAUAUUUUUGUUAAAAAAAAAAGAAAGCUAAAAAUUAUCAUGGAUAACCUUGACACUGAAGAUGAUCUCGAUACGGCGCUUACCGCUGCUGGUUUUGGUUGCUUUAACGUUAUAAUGGGUUGCAUUUGUCUGCCCGUUGCCAUGGCAAUUAUAUUCUGUACCUCAAUCUUUUCAUAUGCCAUGACAACCAUGGAAUGUGAAUUAUCCUUAACCAAUGCCGAGAGGGGCACAUUGAAUGGUAUGGCCUAUUUUGGCAUGAUUGCCGGUGCCAUCUUUUGGGCUCUCAUAUCGGAUAAUUUGGGUCGACGACCCGUGAUAAUCUUCAGUCACAUAGGCGAUGCAAUAUUUGGUAAUAUUUUGGCAUUGAGCCAAAAUUUUCCCACGAUGUGCGUAUGCAAGUUUUUUAGCGGUUUAUGCAUUUGUGGUGGAUAUUCCUCAUUCUUGACCUACCUAGCCGAGGUGCAUUCAAGUACCAAGCGAACUCGCAUGAUGUUUCUUUGUGGCGUUAUGCUGAAUAUAGCAGCAGGAAUUCUACCAAUAAUGGCCAUAAUAAUAUUACCAUCAGAUUUCAAACUAGGCAACGACAAGUUUUCAUAUGCGAGUUGGCAACUGUUUCUCACCUUGGGUACAUUACCAAGCAUAAUUGUUGCCAUAGUUUUUGGUUUUAUGCCCGAAAGCCCCAAGUUUGAUAUACAUCAUGGCAAGAACGCGAGAGCAAUAAAUACUCUAAAGAAAAUACAAUUCCUUAAUGGCAAACGAGGUCAAGAUUUGCCCGAUAUAACCAUACAUAAAGAAGAAAAGGCUCGAUUCGAUUUUAAAGGAAUGAUCAAAGCAGUUAAAAAACAACAUCUAUUUGCAUUGGGCUAUUUAAUAGUCAUAGAAGUUUGCAUAUUGAUGUGUCAGAAUACGAUACGUUUGUGGCAACCCACAUUUGUGAAAAUAGCCCAAACACAAAAAGAGAAUGUAACAUUUUGUGCCGUCAUCGAAGAGGUAAAUAAACCAAAACCACCGCCAACUACAAUGGCUCCCAAUAUGACGGAUAUAAAUUCAGAGCCAGUUUGUAAAUCAAAUGUAAAAGCAUCAACAUACCAUGGCAAUUUAUAUAUAUUUAUGCUUUGCUUUGAUGGUUUCAUUGUAGCCAUGUUAGUGGCUGGUCAUUAUGAUGUUAACAAGAUGUUGGUUUCGAUGACAAUCAUUAGCAGCUUGAUUACCUGCUGUUUAGUCUUUGCCAAAAGUUAUCUUGGCCUUCUAACCGUUUUGGGUCUAUAUCUAUGCGUGGAAUACGUUAGUGCCAUGGCUGUUAACAAUCUGGCUGUCCAAUAUUUUCCAACUAUUGUGCGCACUACAUUUCUUUCCCUCAUACAAUUUUCGGGACGUUUUGGCUCAUUUCUAGGCAAUCAAUUACUACCCCAAUUGAUGGGUUUAGGAUGCUAUUAUCUAAUUGGAUGGCUUAUAGCUAGUGAUAUAGCCACCGUUGUGGCGACCCUCUUGCUACCAAACCCCCAGAAAAGGCGAGUCGUGGCGUCAUAAUGUCAAUCCCAUUCACGGAGAUUCAACCAUUUGGGUCAUGAGUGUGUAACCAGCCAUACAUACAUAUGUAUAUGUAGACGAGAAAGAUGUUCAAUUAUUAUUUGAUAUUUAUAAAUGCAAUUAAACUGGAUUGCUAUUAAUCAAUUAUAAAUACAAAAUAAAUGCAUGGCAAAUAGA